AUGACUUCCCCCAGACUCAUUCCCCUGUGGAAGGAUUUUAAAUACCUUAUAAAUGACAUGAUACAUAAAAGCAAGCAAACUUCAGAUGACCCAAAGACUGAUGUGGUUGUGUUGAGUGACCGGUCCCAGAUCCUGUUCAAAGAGUCUCGCCAUCCUCAAAAUAUGCCACUUAUAUGCUAUUACUUCAGUGAUGCCCACUUCUUUGCUUCCCUCUCGUGGGUGACAACAAGCACAAAAGAAAUACAGGCUGUGGUAUGGAUGAAGAGCAAAACUGAGGACAUGGUGGAGAAGAGAACAUUCUCCAUGACCGAACGACUGCCGCCCAUCCAGUCCAUGGUUCACACAGGUUCCUUUCAUAUCCUCGUGGUCUACUGUGGUGACCUGCUCCUGCGGCUCUUUGGGGACCACUUUCAGUCAUUCAAACCCCUGAGUAUAGUGCCCUGCCGCUUUAACAUCAACUGCCUCUGCUAUGACCCAGAAAUGAAGAUGCUUCUGUCGGGAAUCCUGGGGGCAGUGGUCACCUGGAUCAUGGAGCAGAGUGGCAAGGGUCUCCAAAUAGCCCACAUGGUUUCCAUGCCUGGUGAUGAGCUUGUCCACAACAUCAUGUUGAAUGGCCCCAAUGGCUCCCUUGUAGCCCUGUGUGAGACUGUGGUGAGGGUCCUUGAGCGCCAGGGCCACGGCCGGCUGGCAGAGGUGAAGAGGUUCCCUUCCACCACCAGUGGCUCCUCAGUCACCUGCUGCUUCACCUGUUUUGAGCAGGGCUUUCUCUAUGCUGGAAACAAGACUGGGGAAAUCCAAGUGUGGAGCCUCAAUCAGGGCCAUGCACUCCACAGUUUCAAGGCCCAUUUCUCAUCGGUGAUAUGUAUCCGCAGCCGGCCAGAAGCCCACACCCUGCUAACAGCCGGCCAAGAAGGCUUAAUCAAGGAGUGGAACCUGACUUCAGGGAGUCUGCUGCGGCAGCUAGAACUUGGCGAGGAACUGUAUGAACUCCAGUUUAUUGAUAGCACUACUUUCUUCUGCCAGACUACCCAUUCUUUCUCCUUGCGCAGUCUGCCCUGCUUCUAUAACCUCUUCAAUGUCUGUGGCUCUGCUCCCCAGCAGAUACGUCGGGUCCGCUGUGGCAAUAACUGGUUCCGGAUCCUGUGCACUACUGAGGAUGGCUUGUUGCGCUUUGUGUCCCCACUAACAGGGAAUCUUCUGGUUAUCACCUGGCCCUUCUCAAUCCUGGACAAGGCUGUGGAUUGGGCCUAUGACCCAGAUAAAGAGGAGCUCUUUGUAGCAACAGGCAGCUCAGAUGUACUGGUAUUUGACACAACCCGCUGCCCUUGCCCAGCCAAGUAUCUUAUAUGCACCUCACCAGAUUCUCAGGACUUGGUACAAUGCCUGGCUUAUGGGCAUUUCCACCUGCGUCGGGGUCUAGAAGGACUAAUGUUCUCUGGACACCAGAGUGGUGUGAUCAGAGUGCUUUCCCAGCACAGCUGUGCCCAAAUAGAGAAAUUCAUGCACUUUGGGGCUGUAUUAGCACUCUCUACACUGCCUGGAGGGCUUCCUGGUUGCCGAGAAAACUCUUUGCUCUGUUCCUAUGGAAUGGAUGACUAUGUACACCUAUCAGAAGCUGUGCUUGAAGGGGUGAGAGUGCAGCUGCAGCCCCUCGCCAGCAUUCUCAGCAGCUGUCAGCUAGCACACUUGAUACUCUUGCCCAAGUCUGUGGGUGCCAUCACGGAGACUAACUGCCUGCGUCUCUGGAAGUUCCAUGACUUUCUGUCCUCUGGGUCACAGGAAGGCUCAACGUUCAUAGAGACAUUGCCUCUGCACCAGUGUACCAUCACAUCUUUUGAUGUCUGUCUGUCCUUGAGUCUUUUUGUCACGGGUGGCAGUGAUGGCUCUGUCCGGAUCUGGAACUUCCAUGGUAGACUCAUAGCCAUGCUGGACUCAUCAUUGUACUUUGGCCCAGUCUGCUUUGCAAAUGACCGGGGUGACCUGCUUGUCACUUUCAACCAGAGUCUUUAUCUGGUGUCCUGUUUAAAACUGCUUCCCUCAGCCCUGCUGGCUCACCUUUCCCUUAUGGGUAUGACAGAUGAAGUGCUAGAAGUUCCUAAGCCUUUCAUACCAAGCUUCUUCUUCUCCUUUGAGACCAUGUUUGUGCCCAAGUAUAUCUACUUUGGACAAGGGCAACAGCAAUUAGUGGGUCUGGAGAAACUUGUCAAUAAUCGGGCCAUCGCCUUUGAUCAUAAUGUGCCACACGUCAUAGAAGAAGAUGAGCAAGGGAGCCCUGUGUUACUGUCUUCCUUCAGACAUGAUUCCUUGUAUAAGGAAGCUGAUUGGACGCAGGUGAAAAAACCUCCUCAUUCCCAUUAUGUGCUUCCUCCCCAGCUACAGCUGACUACCUGGGAUGGACUCAACCCUUACCAGAUACUGCGGUACUACUUUGGUCACGGGCAGAAAUGGCUCUUGGCUCCUGAUUGCUACAUCCCUAACUCAGUGAUUCGUGCCCGUCUUUGGCCACAGGGCAGCCCGAUAUACCUACAGUGCAACCUGCACUCACCCAUGCGGGAACUGGAAUGGGACAAGUCUCAACAAUUCUUCUUCUGGCAUGGUAGGGCAAGAGCUAUAAGUGAUGUAGGAGAAUAUGCACGUGAAAAGGAGGAUGAAGACUUCCUUGAAAUAAGAACGUCAAAGGAUAUAACUUACAGUGUGCUUACAGACUCAGCAAACUGCAGUUGGCUGGGAAGAAAGAUGAGUGAAGUAGCUAUCAAUAGCCUGAUAGAGACAAUUCUCAGUAUUAUGAUCCAUGCUUCUCCACUGAAGUACCAGUGCUGUAUUGGUGCACUAGGGCAAAUCUUUGCCUCUUACCAGGUGUCUCCACUCCUGCGCACUGAAACAGCCCAUCGUCUGUUGGAUGAUACAACCAAUUACAAUCCACUGAUCCGAGAGCUAGCCUGUGAAGGGCUGAAGCGUCUAGGAAUGAUUACGCAUCUCUUUGCCGUGCCUCUGGCCCAAAGACUAAUGGACAAAGAUGAAAGAGUGAGGAAUAAGGCCCUGAGCCUCAUGGCUGAGACUGGAAUCCACUCUAAGACCUCACUCUUAAACUUGAUCCAGAACCAAGAUACUUUCCGGGAGAUGCAGCAGGAAAUGAUUGGGGAAGAAACCCUGGACCAGCUGCUGGGUAUGCGGGCCACAGAUCUCCAAAUCCUUCAUUCCCAAGUGGAGCAGCGAUUGAAUGAAAACCUGAUCUUAUCACUGGGUGAUGAAAAGCCUACUUUUUCUUUAGAUGUCUCAGGGGCUUCUGAACUUACCGCCCUUUCCAACCAACUUGAUACAGCUCCUGAAGAACCUGAAGUUGCCUACAAGCCCAGCAAAGGCCAAAGACGGGGCCGAGUAGGAGGCAGAAAGCAUACCCGAAAAUUUUUGCGGAGCCUCAAGAAGAUGAAAGAGACUGGCACAGAGCCAGGUCCCUUAGAGGGUGAAGGUGAUCAGAGUGAAGCUGCACCAACUGAGGGGGAGGAGUGUAGGUCUUCAACCUCCAGUAUACUAAAGAUUUCAAAAGAUGAUGAACAAGAGCCUCCAGGGGUAGAUGCCUCAAAGGAUCAUGUUGCAUUGACCCUGAAGAUGCUGAGGAAGAUACGUGACAAAAGAGGCAGGAAAGCAACACUUCAGAAACCCAUAAAGAGGCACAAGAGGAAGACAAUAGAUGCUGAAGUUACAGUUGAGGACCCUCCAUAUCCUAUAAGGAGAGAAUCAGUUGUGAAGCUGGUGAAAGUCAGAGGGCGGGGUGCCUCUGGAGCUCCUGGCCACAGUACUACCCCUGGAGAUGGCUCAUCAUGGCGGGACGAUCUAUGUCGUCUUAUGACCCUGAGGAUAUCUGGUUCCCAGACAAAAAUGUCAGAAGCUCUAAACACUGAGCUAGUGACCAUGGCUCAGGAGGUGCUGGCAGAUCGACGGCCCAGCUGGGAGCUCUUUCAGGAGAUCUGUCCCCUGUUGAAGAAAGAAAGUAAGGAACUGCUUGAGGACCUUGACUGGGAUGUAGCCUGGCCAGAGGAGAAACCAGUUUUUCCUCAGGGAGGAGCAAUUAGAGAGGACAUGGUGAUCCGAGACAAGGAAGAGGAGAAAAAAGAGGAGCAAGAGGGAAAGAAAGAAAGGGAUGUGCAGGACUUGUGGGAAACCCAGGUGAUUCCCAAAAAAGGCAAGAAAGAGAAAGUUGCUUUUUUAGAACCAGACGUAACCAAGGGAAAACGAAUAUCAAAGAAAGAAGAGAAGAAACCCUCUAAAAAGACUUCUAAGCAGGAGGGGAAAGCAGUCCAGCAGGAAAUAAAAGUGGAUAAAAAAGAGAGGAAAAAAACCAAAGAAGAGGAAAGGGACGUGAGUCAGGAAGUGGGGGAAAAGGCCAAAUUAGAGGAGAAAGUGGUUGAGCAAGAAGGAAGACCAGUUAAGGGAGAGACAAAGCUGUCUUGGCAGGAGUGGAAGAAGUCCUGGGAUCAGUGGAAACAGGCCUACAGUGAGACGAGGAUAUCCUGGGAUGAAUGGAAGAAAGCCUGGGAAAGCAGGCAUCUUCAGGAAGAGGAGAAGCUCCAUGAGGAGGAAGAAAAGCUGUUCCCAGAUGAGGAAGAGCUGGAGAGGGACAAGAGGAAGCAGACAUGGGAUGAAUGGUCACAGAUCUGGGAAAAGAUGUCAGCCAGGGCCAGGGAGCAAUUGUUGGAGGAUGAGGAGGAAGUGACCCUGGAGGAAGAAUUGUCUCAGGAGUGGGAAGGAGAAGAAGAAGAAGGAGAAGAGCUGAUGACAGAAGAGCAGAGACAGAUCCACCAAGAAUAUAAACAGGCACAGGUUGAGAGGAAACGGGCCCAAGUUGAAAUAAAACGAGCCCAAGAAAAGAGGAAGCUGGCACAAGAAAUAGAGAAGCUAGCACGGGAAGAGAGAAAACUGGCUCAGGAAGAGAGAAAAAUGGCCAGAGACUAUGAGAAACUGGCCCAGAAGGACAGGAAAAUGGUCCAGGCAGAGAGGAAGUUUAUCCAGAAUGAGGAAAAACUAGCCCAAAGAGAGGAGAUGCUAACCCAGGAAGCAGAGAAAUUGGCCCAGCGAAGGAAGAAACUGGCCAUGAAAUUGGAGAAACUGGCUCAAGAAGAAGAGAAAAUAGCAAAGAAAGGAGGGAAGCUAGCUGAGGUAAAAAAGAUAUUGGUCCAGAAAUUGGAAAAACUGGCCCAGAAGGAACAAGACCUAGCAUGGCAAGAAAAGGAACUAACCCAGGAAUUGGAGGAGCUGGCAUGGGAAGAGGAGGAACUGAAUCAGGAAGAGGAGGAACUGGAAGAAGAACUGCUGAUCCAGGAAGAGGAGAAACUGGUCCAGGACAAGGGAAAACUGGCUGAGGAAAAGGAAAGACUUGUCCAGAAAAGGGAGCAAUUGAUGGAGAAUAAGCAAAAGUUGGCCCAGGAAGAAGAGCUGCUGAUCCAGGAAGAGAAGAAACUGGCCCAGGACAAUGUAAAAUUUCCUGAAGAAGAGGAAAGAUUUGGCCAGAAAAGGGAGCAACUGAUGGAGAAUAAGCAGAAAUUGGCCCAAGAAGAAGAGCUACUGAUCCAGGAUGAGAAGAAACUGACCCAGGACAUGGAAACACUGCCUGGGGAGGAGGCAAGACUUGUCCAGAAAAGGGAGCAACUGAUAAAGAAUAAGCAAAAGCUGGCCCAGGAAAGGAAUAAAUUGGUCCAGAAUAAGGAAGAACUCCCCAAAACCAAGGAGAUACUAGCCUGGAGGCAGAAGACUCUGGCUCAGGAGAAGGUGAAACUGGCUCAGAGGAAAGAAAACUUAAUCCAGCUCAAAGAAAGCCUCACCCAGAAGAGAAAGAAAUCAGACCAAGGAAAGGAGAACCUGGACAUGUACAAGAAGAGACUGGUUCAGAUAAAGAAGAAGCUGAUGGAGGAGAAGGAGAAACUUUUCCAGAGGAAGGAGAAAUUGGCUGCUAUAGAGGAAAAACUGACCCAAUUAGAGGAAAGCCUGGCUGAGAAACAGCACCAAAUAGCCCAGGACAAAAUGAAAUUAGCUAUGGAAAAGAGGAUGAUAUUCCAAGGACUGAAACAGCUCAGAGGUGACUGGUCUAUUACUAAGGAAGAAAAGGCAUUGGGCAUGGAAAUAAAGAAACUGGCCUGGGAGAAGGUGAGACUGGCUGAGGGAAAGGAAACUGUCUUUAAAAAAGAGACUCAAGAAACUUCAAGACAGGGAAGACCAACUAAGGAUGAACUAGAACUAAUUAAGAGGAAAUUGUCACUAGAGGAAAAGAUACUGGUCUAUGAAGAUAGGAUACUGGCCACAGAGCAAACAGACAUUACCAAAGGAAAACUGGAGUUUACUAGAGGAGGGAGAGUAUGUGCCCAGGAAGAAAGGAAGCUAGCCAAAUUAAUAAGGAAGUUGGCUAAAGAAAGCAAGGGCAUUUCCAAGGAACCAUUAAAAGUAAGCAGCAAAAUCUUAAAGAGACUUCAAGGCCUUAUCAAAAAAGAAAGGAAACUAACCCAGCAAGAAAUAGAGAUGACAAAGUUAAAGAGGUCAUUCUUUACUAAGGAAAAGGAAUUGAACAAGGUACAGAACGAACUUGAUGCCAAGGAGUGGGAUCUUUCUGAGGAACAACCAGAAAUUGCCACAGAUGAGAAGAAACUGGCUAAGAGGCAGAGAAAACUGGCCAAGGAAAUGAGAAGAUUGAUAAAGAAAGAGAAAAAGAUGACUGAGGAAGAAAGCAGAUUGGCCAGGCAACAGAGAGAAGUCAUACAGGAAGAAGAGGAGGAUGAAAUAACGGAGGAAGAAGAGGCAAAGCCAUUCCUUAAACAAAGGUCAAGAAAGAGAAAAACGCUAAAGAGAGUUGAUUUGCAACAGGAAGAGUUUCUCAGUCAAGAGGAUGAGGUGAAAAGUGUGAAAAGUGAAGAGAGCUUUUCUGAAGAAAUGGAAAGCUUGUUAGAUGAAAUAGAGCGAGAGAGUUUGUCUGAGGAGGAGGAAGAAGAGGAGGAGGAGGAGGAAGAGGAGGAAAUGGAAGAGGAGGAGGAGGAGGAAGAGGAAGGGAAGGAGAAGAAAAAAAAGAAAAAGGAGAAGAAGGUGCAGGAGGAGGAAGAGGAGGAGGAGGAAGUGUUUGAGAAGGAGGAAAGCAUGAGUGAGGAAGAGAUGGAACGUUUGAGUGAGAAAGAGGGGGAGGAAGAGGAGAGAAGCUCAUUGGAAGAAGAGGUAGACAAGAAGAAAGAGAUCUUUAAAAAAGAAAAACUAUUUAAGUUACCAGGAGAAAGAAAAAAGGACUUAAAAGGAAGAGAAGCAGUCCCUUCUAUUGAGAAAAGAAUCCCCGAGGUCAAAGGCAGUGCUAUAAAACUUGAAGUUCUGAAAAGCCCUUCCAAGCAACUGAUCUCAGAAGUUCUGGGGAGGGAAGAGAAGAUACCAGUGCCAGGGUCAACUAAACAAAUAUCCUGGGAAGAUAAGGCCACAGUACUUGAGACGUCCAGAGUAUUCCCAGGGACAGGGUUUAUGGAUAAACAAGAAGAACUGUUGAAGAAAUAUAAGCCCAAACCUCUACAAGUUUUGGAUACAGUUUUGGAGUCCCAAGAGCCUGACUUAAAGACCCCAUAUUUAUCCCACAUAUUGAAGAAGACCAUGGAAGCUCAUAAACUCCAAGGCAAACAACUAGGGGCCAAGUGGCAGUGGCUUCUGCAGCGUCAUCCAUCUCUGAAGGGACAGACUGAGGUACAAUUACCUGUGUCCAAAAUCCUGGCUGAGGAAAUAUAUGCAGACGCCAGCCUCUCAGAUGUAGAGUGGAUCCACCAUGUCCUAGAACAGAUGGAGGCAGGAGAACAGCUUUCCAGGGAUAGUUUCCACAGAUUGUGCCAGCUUCUCAAAGACCUCACUGCAAAGGAAAACUUAGAGUGGAUGCAUCUGGCCAAACUUGAAGCCAUUGUGUACCGUCACAAGCAGAACCUGGAAUCACGAAGCACAAGUAUUUCAAAACCCAGUAAGGAGCCCAUGGGUCCAAAAUACUUGAAAGUGAUCCCUCCUAUAAAAGGAAAGGAAAAGGAAAACUGGCUAAAACCUUUGGCUGUCUCCACACCAAAGUCCCCAUUAGCUACCAAAAUGAUUCCAGACCUGAAGGCUAUAAACUGGCAUCUUCUAGGAGAGCCUUACAGGAGUGUGCGGGCAGAGCAGAUAUCCACUGCUCGCAAGGAGAUGGAGAUGCAACACCAUUAUCCUCCACCAAGAGACAUUUUCACAGGUGCCCUUGACCCUGUGGAAAAACAAACCCUAGCACUGAUGUUUCAAAAGGACUUCUGGGCUUUUAAGGAUAAGGGCAGAUUUGCCAAAUUGCCCAAGUUGGAAAAGAAGGCACAGCCCAUCUCUAAAAAAAAGGACAAGGUGCCUCUAUGGGAGACAUUUGUGGCAAUAUACCAUGUUUUGCGGAUGUUGCAGGAGCGAUACGCGAAAGACAGUGCUGCUUGGAUGGAACAGUUCUACCGUCUCAUGGACCUGUACCAACUUAAGUCCCCCCGAAUCCAGAGGCUACUACAGGAACUGUUACUGAGAGGGGAACCCCAAUCCCAAGAGAUCAUUUACAAAGAGGCCCUAAAGGCCAUGGAGCUAGUUCCUGGGGAGCGGUUGUUCUACCACCUGUUCUGUGGUGGCUCUCACACCCCUAAAGGUCCUCUGGAGUUCCAGGAGGUGGUUCCCCUCCCAGGGAAGAACAAUGUACGUACCAUGCUCCCUAUGGGCAUUGCCCAGUAUGGGAUCCUAGAACUUGCCUGGAAGAGCCUGCCGCAAGCUGAUUUACACCUCACCAAGGAAUUGCCCUACAUCGUUGCUCCUACCCCCUAA